UAUUUUAUAAGAAAAUUUUCCAAACGCGUUUUUGUAGAUUUUUAACUUUUAUCGAAUUGGUAAAAUUUAUAUAUAUAUUAACAAUGGGAUGCCGAUAUAUUUCUAAUUAUAUGGAUCCUACACCGUUGAAAUAGCCAACCGUUUAUUGUAUUAUUUUGUUGGUAUUAUUACUUUAUAGUUAAAAUUAUUAUUGCUGACAAAUAUUAAUAUUAUAAAAAGAAAGAUAAUGUUGCGCCACAAAAAAACUAAAGAGAACUGUGUGCGUCCAGUGAAUCAGUCGCUUGAUUUUUUGGAAUCUAGCGACAAGGUUGAUCAUUUUUUAACCAGUGAUGAUGACGAAGACAUGCUGUGUUCCAAAUGCAGGUUUGUCCAUAAAAACAUGUCGCCAUUGUCAUUGUUAUCGUGAAGAGCACUGCAUAACUUCAGCGGUUUUCCAAGAGAAAAUUUACAGUGUAUCUAAAACAAAUUCUGAAAGAGUUGUAAUUGGUAUGGGAAAUGACGAUGACAGCGGUUGCGCUACGGAUGAAUACGCAUGGGUACCUCCUGGUCUUACAAAAGAACAGGUAAACGCUUAUAUGGUUAGCUUACCAGAGGAUAAAAUACCUUACGUAAACAGCGCGGGUGAACAAUAUAGAGCAAGAAAUCUUCUUUAUCAGUUACCACCUCAUGAUAGCGAGGUCAAACACUGCCAUAAUUUAUCUGAAGACGAAAAACGUGAAUUGCGAAAUUUUCAUUCCAAACGAAGAAAAGACUGUCUGGGUCGUGGCACUGUUAAAACGUUUCCCCAACGAGAGGGAAUUUCUGGGGUUUGUCAACAGUGCUCAUGCCCAAUAUUACCUGGUGAAGUUGCUGUUCAUGCAUGGAGAGCGGGACAAGAAGCAUGUUGGCAUCCUGCAUGUUUUGUGUGUUCAACGUGCGUUGAACUUCUUGUUGAUUUAGUAUAUUUUUAUCAAGAAGGUCGCGUUUACUGUGGCCGUCAUCAUGCCGAGCUAAUGAAGCCGAGGUGUUCUGCUUGUGAUGAGAUAAUUUUUUCCGAUGAGUGUACCGAAGCAGAAGGACAAUUUUGGCAUAUUGGUCAUUUUUCGUGUUUUGAAUGCGAUGGUUCACUUGGAGGUCAACGUUAUGUUAUGCGAGAUAACAGGCCAAUAUGUUGCAAAUGUUUCGAAAAGAUGUUUGCGGAAUUUUGUGAUGCUUGUGGCGAACCUAUUGGUAUUGAUGUUGGACAGAUGGCACACGGCAGUCAACAUUGGCAUGCAAAUGAAAAAUGCUUUAGCUGUUUUACGUGUGGACUAUCAUUGCUAGGACAACCUUUUUUACCUAAAAAUGGCGAAAUUUUUUGUUCUUCGAGUUGUAGUAAAGGUACGCUUCCUCCUAAUCCAACAAGUACCAAGUAUCCUCCGCGUUCCGCAUCAAAAAAUAGGUCAUUAAAACCACCAGAUUCCACGAAUAGUACAUAUAUUAUGUCAAGCAGUAUGAGUCCGGAGCCCGUAAGAAAACUUAUUGAAUUUCGGUCAAAAACUAGUUACCGUAGUUCUCUUGACAAAUACGGAUUAGCUGCUGCUGAAAAAAUUGGAGAUAUGAUUCGAAAUAUUGCAAAAGAAGGUUAUAUAGAUGAUAGUGACCGCGAAGAUACAAAGUCAAAUUCAUCAAAAGUGUCCAUAUCUUCAAAAAAAGAGUUACCGUGUUUUCCGCCGAGUAACAAACAUAGUGAAAAGCCAGUAUUAAGAGUUCCACCGAGACAUAGAUCUAAGUUAAGCACCGAGGUAUGGAUUGACAUGGUUCCGCCGAAAGAAUCAAUAACUCGACAUGAAGUUGUUCAAAGGAAUCAAUUAAAAAUUAAUGAACGUAAUAAGUAUGGGAAUAUAACUCAUAUAAAUGGAAAUGCUUCUAUCGAAAAACUAGUUCAAGCUGAAAGACAACGCCGUCGUCGUCGUAAACGAGACGACUAUUAUUCUGACUUUGAAGUAGAUAAACGUAAACAAUCUGAAAGACGGGAAAAUUUUAGCACUCCUCAAAACAGUUCUCAAAUUGCUGUAAAAAAACUAGUUGAUAAUGACUUUACAAAAACUAAAUCGACUGAAUCACUAGACACCACCAAAUCUCGAAUCGUUGGUCGAAAUAACGAACGUGAAAAUAAUAACAAAAGAACUAAAUCAGAUGCGAGUCUUAAUAAUACCAUAAAAUAUAAAUCUAAAAACGAUGCCGUUGCAAACCUUAAACUAGGAAUAGAGGUUUCAACUCCUAAAAGAAAUUAUCAAAUGAUUGACGGACGACGAGUGGCAGGAAAAAGUAUAGAAAAUGUGGAAAAUAUAAAACCUCGUUCUUUUGGCAUGCUUUCUGCGGAAGACCAAAAAAGAACAAGAAUUAAUUACGUUACUAAAGAUGACAUGGCUAUCCAUGAUAGAAAUAUUUUAAAGAAAGCGAAAAAAAAAGAUAAAACCAAGAAUCAGGGUCAGUGUGUUAUGUCUUGAAAUAUUACAUAUAACCUUGACAUGAUUUUUUAUCUGUAUCGCUUCUAAAGAAACCCCAUUCCUAGUUCUUACUUUUUUAAUGUAUUUAUAAUGUCGAUUAUGUUUAUAGUGUUUAUAAUAAAUUAUAUGAUUAUAAUAAUGUAAAUAUUUUACUUUUAAUGUAAUUCUAUAAAGUUAACUAAAAUGACAAAUAUUUUUUAAAUCGCUCUCAUUGUUUAUUUAUUUAUUUAUUUUUUUAAAUAAUUACGUUCUAAAUAAAAAUUAUUUAAAAUUUUAAAACAUACCACUCUUCUAACAAUCCCAAGGAAAGUACACAAAUGACGUUUAUAACAGGAUACAGAAUAUUUUUAAUUUAUGCAAAAUAUACAAAUUCUUUGUUUUAAAAAUCAAGCUUUAAUUUGUAA